GCAGUCACAAUAGUGAAAUUCGUGGGAAGAUUUUAUUUGUAAUAAAAGAAGGUAAUAUUUUGAGUUGGUUUUACCUAUGCUGUGAAGAUCAUAGCAUGUUUAAGAGCAUUCCAAACAGGACACUGGAGCCGAUGCUCUGACCCGAGUAUGGUGACACGCCGGCGGACGCUCGAAGUGCGCGACUGCGGCUUUGUACAUCAACGCCUGAUUCGACCCCCAAGCGACGUCAUUCAGGCCAGUUGGUGCGCCAGUAAGCGUCUGCGCUGGAGCAGAAACUGCGGACACCGCCAGCUGACUCAACCCUUAGCCUUAGCAUAUGGAAGAUCGUGUAUCAGAAUGAACUCUACCCCAACUUUAUUGAAAGUGGCGAAAAUUCUAUAGUGCCUAGUGCAUGUACAUGAAUUGCAAUGCUGCGCUUAAUUCUGUAGAUCGGGCAGUUAAGCUUAAAAUACUAUCUUCUUCUGGAGUACCACACCUCUUACCGUUUUCUGUAAUAUUUGAGGGUGUACUAUGCGUCUGGAGCAGCUGCUGUACAAGGCACAGGGGCAUGGCGUGCUUCGGCGUCCGAGAGCGUGGGCAGCAGCGCUGCACAGUGCACUCAAACUAAUCUUUUGAGCCGAGAGUGUGGAGCGGCGAUUUGUGCUGGAAUGUGUUGGUCGGAGACAUAUUGAAGGCUGCUGGGACAGGUCGCCCCGGCGGCGGCGGCGUACCCGUGACGCUGAGAAGUAGAGCGGACCGGACCGGUAGCGUAUGCGGAAGGUGCUGCCAGUACCGACUGCCAGCAGCCUCUGAGCGGCAGCCAGCGCCUUCCCUGUGACCGCGAGCAUGGAGCGCCAGACAGCGCCUCCCGCCGUCACCGCCCACACGGCCUCUCUGACUGCGGGCGGCCGGGGCACGGCGGCGGUGCCGUCGUCGCUGCACUGCACGAGCCCGGCCAUCUCGCCGCAGGUCCGGUUUCAGGUCACUCAUUCAUCGUCGGGCCGCACCGAGCGGGAGCGUCGCAGAACGGCGUCCUCCUGCUCGUCGCGCUUCAGCGACGUGUCCUCGCCGGACGACGACUCACUGACUCUGGAGCGGCACGCGCCGGACGGCGGAUGGGGCUGGGUAGUGGUGGCCGCUUCCUUCGUUGUCAACAUGAUCGCCGACGGAAUCGGCUUCUCGUUCGGUGUGUUUUUCGUCGAGUUCCUGCGCUCGUUCGGGGCGUCCAAGGGCACGACGGCCUGGCUGGGUAGCAUUUUCCUGGCGCUGCCGCUGCUGCUCGGCCCGCUGGCCUCCUCGCUGGUGGACAGGUUCGGCUGCAGGCGGUGCACCGUGGCCGGCUCGCUGCUGGCCUCCGCCGGCUUCCUGCUCAGCUACUUCGCCAACUCGAUGGAGCUUCUCUUUGUGACCUUCAGCAUCCUGCCCGGCAUCGGCCUGUCCGUGUGCUACGUGGCGGCCGUGGUGAUUGUGGCCUACUAUUUCGAGCAGCGCCGCUCUUUGGCCACCGGUAUCAGCGUGUGUGGCACGGGCGUGGGCACGUUUCUGUUUCCGCCGCUGGUGGAGCACCUGCUGCAGGAGUACGGCUGGCGCGGUGCGCUGCUCGUCCUCUCCGCUAUUCUGCUCAACGUGGCCGUCUGCGGUAUGCUGAUGCGGGACCUCGACUGGACUAAGCGCAGCCGCCGAGAGCGCUGCAGUCAGUGCACGCUCUCGGCGGACGGGGACUCGGAGCGCUGGACGGCCGACUCGGACUCGCUGCCGGACGUGGAGCGGCUGCGGGGCGCGCUGGCCGCUCGGCCGCCGGCCGCUGAGCAGCUAGAGCGGCUGCACAGCUCGGCGCUGCAGCUGCCCACAUGGCUGGCCGACGGCGACCUCUCUCCGGAGGUGCUCAACACGAUCGAGUCCAACCGGAGCCUACGUGAGCUGGUGAGCCGUCUGUAUCCGCAGCUGCUGACAGAACGGCCGGCCGGCCUCACCACCUAUCAGAGACUCCCGGCAGACGGCGGCGGCAUCAACACGAGCUCGCCAACCGGCGAGGGUGUCCCUGAAGGCGACGAGCUGCAGGGUUGGCACGGCCUGCUGGAUGCAGAGAGUCCGGCUGUGCUGGCGGGUAAAUCCGGUGGCGACCGGCGGCUGCGUCACCUACUGCCGCCGCUGAGCUGCGACUCGGCGCCGUCGGCGGCCCAUCUGCGCAGCCGCAGACUGCGGCGCCAGUCGACUACGUACCGCGGCGCCAUGCUGAACAUCCAACGCUACCGACCGAGGGCCGCCUCAUGUCCGGACAUUUACUCGACGGUCACCGCCGCGGCCGGUGGAGAUGGCGAGCACUACUGCAGCUACCUGGGCGGCGUCUGCGGCACCCUGCGCAAGAUGGUUGACCCCGCCUUCUUCCGACUGCCCGGCUUCGUGCUGUUCGCACUGUCCAACUUCGUCUUGUACAUGUUCUACGACGUGCCCUACGUCUACCUGGCCGACGACGCCAUCAGCAGGGGCGCGUCGGACGAGGACGCCAGCAUGCUCAUCUCCGUCAUCGGCGUGAGCAACGUCGUAGGCGUGCUGCUGAUCGGCUACCUGGGAGACCAUCGCUGGGUGUCCGACGCAGCGCUCUAUGUGGCCUGUAUGCUCUGCUCCGGCGGCGCCAUGGCACUGGUUCCCUCCUGCCACUCGUACUCAGCACUGGUCGCGGUGUCAUCGGUAUUCGGGUUCUGCAUUUCGGCCAAUUACACGCUGGCGCCGACCAUACUUGUGAGCCUGAUCAGCAUCGACAACUUCACCAGCGCCUACGGCCUGCUGUUGCUGGCACAGGGGCUGGCCAACCUGGUUGGGCCGCCGCUCUGUGGCCUGCUGCAUGACCUGACGGCCACCUACGAGCUGACUUUUCUGGUGGCCGGCGCCGCGGUCAGCGUGUCCGGCGCGCUGCUCUGUCUGGCUCGGCUGGCCCGCGCCGCGCGCGCCAGCCACCGCGCUCUGAAGAGGGUCGCCUCCAGUGAGCGCUCUGAACGCCGAGCCGGCGCUGCCAGCCUCUGAGCGGCCGCAGCUCGGUGACACUGCAGGCCCGCGCUCGGGGCCGGCCGACAAUCGGCGCCCACCGAUAUCGUCACUGCAGGCCCGCGCUCGGGGCCGGCCGACAAUCGGUGCCCACCGAUAUCGUAGCCUUAGAGCAGUCUUUCUGUCCGAUAUGGCUUCUAGUCUGGAGCUUCUCCCUCCCUCCGAGCCCGGACGCAGCUGGCCUCGGCAUUGCUGUAGUGUGCGUGUGCGUGUGUGUGUGCCGACAAUGCGCCCACCGAUAUCGUAGCCUUAGGACAGUCUUUCUGUCCGAUAUGGCUUCUAGUCUCUGUAUGUGUGCGCGCGUGUGUGUGUGUGUGUGAUGUGGUUUUCCUCGUCGCAUCUGGCACAGGUGCUGUGAAUCCAGCGACGUCCAGUGUCCACCGUAUGUCACUGCUGUGCCGGCCAGUCAGCUGCCGUCCGGAGGGAAAAAACCGUAUCUGGGUCAGUUUUUUCAAAAACAAAAAUGAUCAGGAGACUGGAGAGGCAAAAACGCGUUUUGAUUAUUAAUAGCCGCUAUAUCUGUCCAUUAACAAAAUUUAAGAUGCCGUCGAGAUCAGAUUGAAGAAACAAUAAAUUCAGUCAAAAUGGUU